AUGGAAGUCAGGUUCACGAUCCCGCGCCCACGACCAGGCGCACCCAUGGAGACAGAGCGAGAAAACAUCUGGACGGUCCCCAACCUCUUCAGCACCAUCAGACUCCUGUUGUCGCCCUGCAUAGCCUACCUCGUCAUACAAGAAGAGUUCCCAGCUGCUCUGGUCAUCCUGUGCAUCGCAGGAGUCACUGACUUCCUGGACGGCUGCAUAGCAAGAGCAUUCCCUAGUCAGGCGUCGCGACUAGGAAGUAUACUAGACCCUGUGGCUGAUAAGGUACUGAUAACGACUUUGUUCGUGACCUUGAGUAUUGUCGGACUCAUCCCAGUGGCCUUGACCGCUCUAGUGGUCACCAGAGAUGUUCUACUGGUAGUAACCUGCGUUGUUGUGAGAAUAACUUCUCUACCGCCACCCAGAACAUUCGAGCGACUUCUGGACUUCUCACAGACGGUGCAGCUCUCUCCCACUGUUAUCAGCAAGGUCAACACCGCCGUGCAACUGAUAACAGCCGUGCUGACCUUGACUGAUGCCGUGCUGGAGACUGGAUGGGAUAAGGACUUCUUGAUCGUCAUGUGGGCGUUGACGGCAGCAACUACUAUAGUGUCCGGAGUGUAUUAUAUUUUCGCCAAGAACACUUUCAUGAUUGAAAGCAGUACAGGGUGA